AAUGGGGGGGGGGCAACUGCCUCCCCCCCGCAAAUGGUGUCCCCGCCCCAUGCACCCCUCGCUCCUUCCUAAGGGCGGGGGGGGGGGCACGUAAACUCCUGCAGCCCCAGGGGAGGGGGCGAGAGCGGGAUCCAGGCGGGCUGGAACGGUCCCAUCGCAAGUUUUCAGCUCCCAGGCAUGGCCACCUGGGCUUCCUCCCUCAUAAGAGAAGCCGGCGUCACCGCGGGAAGGUGAAGACCUGGCCCAAGGAUGAUCCCAGCAAGCCAGUCCACCUGACAGCCUUUCUGGGCUACAAAGCUGGCAUGACGCACAUCCUACGAGAAGUUCACAGGCCAGGACUGAAGCUUUCCAAGAGGGAAGAGGUGGAAGCAGUCACAAUAGUGGAGACCCCACCCCUGGUAGUGGUUGGGCUUGUGGGAUACAUAGACACUCCCAGGGGCCUGAGAAAUUUCAGGACCAUUUUUGCUGAGCACCUCAGCGAUGAGUGCAGACGCCGCUUCUACAAGAACUGGCACAAGAGCAAGAAAAAGGCCUUCACCAGGUACUGCAAAAAGUGGCAGGACAAGGACGGGAAGAAACAGCUAGAGAAGGAUUUUGCGGCCAUGAAGAAGUACUGCAAGGUCAUUCGAGUCAUCGUCCACACUCAGAUGAAGCUGCUCCCUCUACGUCAGAAGAAGGCCCACGUGAUGGAGAUUCAGCUGAACGGCGGGACGGUGGCCGACAAGGUGGACUGGGCUCACGAGAAGCUGGAGAAGCAGGUCUCUGUGCACACGGUCUUCAGCCAGAACGAAACGAUCGAUGUCAUCGGGGUGACCAAGGGGCGCGGGAUGAAAGGGGUGACCAGCCGCUGGCAUGCCAAGAAGCUCCCAAGGAAAACUCACAAAGGCUUACGCAAAGUCGCCUGCAUUGGAGCCUGGCAUCCAGCCCGGGUGGGCUACUCCAUUGCCCGGGCUGGCCAGAAGGGCUACCACCAUCGCACGGAGCUCAACAAGAAGAUUUACCGUAUUGGCCGUGGGGUCCACGUACAAGAUGGCAAAAUAGUGAAGAACAGUGCCGCGACAAACUACGACAUCACCGAGAAGAUGAUCACGCCGCUGGGUGGAUUUCCUCACUACGGUGCAGUCAACAAUGAUUUCAUCAUGCUGAAGGGCUGCGUCAUGGGCACUAAGAAACGUGUGCUCACUCUCAGAAAGUCCCUUCUGGUGCACAGCAGCCGUCGGGCUCUGGAACCCAUCGAACUGAAGUUCAUUGAUACCACUUCCAAGUUUGGCCACGGCUGCUUCCAGACUGCUCAAGAGAAGAGAGCUUUCAUGGGCCCCCAGAAGAAACACCUGGUGAAGGAGAAGCCAGAAUCCCAGGAAGAAUUGUAGAGGAUUGAAAUACACAUGGCCACCUUAACCUGGCAUCUCCAAUAAAGGGACUUCAAACCA